AUGCCGGCGACCGGAGACAUCGAUCAUCAGAUCGAGCAGCUAAUGGAGUGUAAAGCGUUAUCUGAAUCGGAAGUGAAGGCGUUAUGCGAGCAAGCGAGAGGGAUUCUGGUUGAAGAGUGGAAUGUUCAACCGGUUAAGUGUCCGGUUACCGUCUGCGGCGAUAUUCAUGGCCAAUUUUACGAUCUUAUUGAGCUUUUUCGUAUCGGUGGUUCUUCUCCUGAUACUAAUUAUCUUUUCAUGGGCGAUUAUGUAGAUCGAGGGUAUUAUUCUGUGGAGACGGUAUCGCUAUUGGUAGCUCUGAAAGUUCGUUACAGAGAUAGACUUACGAUCCUAAGAGGGAAUCACGAAAGCCGGCAGAUUACUCAAGUGUACGGAUUUUACGAUGAAUGUUUGAGGAAAUAUGGAAAUGCUAAUGUCUGGAAGCACUUCACCGACCUUUUUGAUUAUCUUCCACUUACAGCUCUCAUCGAAAGUCAGGUUUUCUGUUUACAUGGAGGACUUUCACCUUCUUUAGAUACGCUUGACAACAUCCGAUCUUUAGAUCGAAUUCAAGAGGUUCCACAUGAAGGACCGAUGUGUGAUCUAUUAUGGUCUGAUCCAGAUGAUCGAUGCGGUUGGGGAAUAUCUCCUCGUGGUGCAGGCUACACAUUCGGACAAGAUAUCGCUACACAGUUUAACCACACAAAUGGACUCACUCUGAUCUCAAGAGCACACCAACUUGUCAUGGAAGGUUAUAAUUGGUGCCAAGAAAAGAACGUUGUGACUGUGUUUAGUGCCCCGAAUUAUUGCUACCGAUGCGGCAACAUGGCUGCCAUUCUAGAGAUCGGUGAGAACAUGGACCAGAAUUUCCUUCAGUUUGAUCCAGCCCCACGUCAAGUCGAACCUGAAACCACACGCAAGACUCCAGAUUAUUUUUUGUAA